GACCGAUGGUCGGUUCCCUCUGAGGGACUCGUGCCUGGACGGCUCCCCUGAAAUAAAAACGCGCGAGCAGGCCCUGCGUUAGCCUGCGGAUCAAAGUCAGACCUGCAGAGAAAUCGAUCCAGCUGAGCUUGACGCUAGAUUUUGUAAUAAGUGCAUCUGUUGUCACUUAAAGUACCAGCAUGACCAGCAAGGAUUUAAUUGACGAUUUGACUGAGGUCAAGCCAGAACUGGUCUUGGGACACUGUUUCAAACAAUACCGGCUGAGAAAUAUGUAUCCACAUCUUUUCUUUAAGUUGAAAGCAAGUAGGUUUGGGCCACCCAAAUCUAGACGUCGCAUUAUUUUUGCUCCCCCUAUGGCAGGACCAGCUUUUCCCUUUUCCCAGCCACCUCCAGCCCCGGAUUUCUGUCAGUCAGCUGUCUCACGGCUGCCCCAGGAGGGAGAAGAUAGCCUCUGGUCUCCAAAGAUCACCUCCGAUACAGAAGAUGAUCUGAAAAAGGUGGAGGCUUGGAUUACGGAAAGGAAGCAAUUCCGAUCUCAGCUGGAAAGCUUUGUGGAUGUGGAAAGAUGGCUGAUACAAAAACCUUCCCACAGCGAUCAAGAAGAAAGAGUCUGGGAAAGGAUAAAGGCAUGCAGAGCAGAAGACAGAAAGGCUAAAAGCAAGUUAGCUCUGACCCACAGCCCAGAGUGCUCGCCACCGGAGAGCAGCCAGCUCCGGCGCAGGCGUACCGCUCCCCUUAUUCGUGCGCCGUACCCCCAGGCUCUUGUCGUGCUGCACAGCCUCCUGCACAAACACAAUUUCAAGAUGGUGGACUUAUUCAAGAAGGCUAGUAUGGACCGGGGGAAAAUCAUGAGAGAGGACUUCAUUAAAGUCAUCAAGGAGACCAAAAUUCCCAUAAGUGACAAGGAUUUGGAGGAUGUGAUCAUCUUCCUGACUUCCUCAAAACGAGGGAAUUUUAUAAGCAAUGAUGAUCUGAUUGAAUGUCAAAAUCGGUGGCUGGAAAUGAUGCAAGGGCAAUGCAGAGGGACCAAAACAGGUGUACAAGCUCAGUGCCAAAAAGCCACUAACAAAACUGCCAGUUGCCCGACUUCUGCUGGGGGCAAAGCCAAAGAAGUGAAGCCUCUCGCUCCUACCAAGCCUGAAACACAGUUAAUACUGCUAGAAGUUCCCCCGAUCAACGCUGAGCCAGAACGCAGAUAUCUAAGCUACGAUGACAUGGAAGAGAUUGGAAAGCAAUUCAGAGACAGGAGGCGAUGGAAGAAGAGCAAAGACACCCCGAUAGAAUGGAAAGAAAAAUGUCGGCUGGUCAGAUCUGGGGAUAAGUCCGUUGACGAGCAUUGCUUGCCAUCGACUCUAGAGGGUGACAUGGGAGAACUGGUUGACCAGUAUCGCAGGAGUUGCUUUGUGACCUAUCUGAAGAGCCUCAAGCUGUGCAAAGACUAUAACGUUUGUCUCACCAAACCGGUGCUGCAAAAAGCUCUGCUGUACCCGGGAGACAAGAUCAUAAAAGAGGGAGAAGACAUACGGAAAAUCAGGCAGCCCGGAGCGUCCUACACCACAGCCCACACGUCACCUUUGAGUGCAUCCAGAUCAAGAACAGCAUCCAGAAAGCAGGCCAGAGAAAUGCAAAACAGGCAGCUCCAAAGGAAAAAAAUGCAAAAGUUUGCCCACCUAAGCAAGUCAAACGACAAUAACUUCUGGCCAGGUCACCUUCUGGACAAGAUACGCCUUUAUCUACCUGCAACGGAGCCCGGCAGGGCGCACGCCCUGUUCAGCUACGUUCACUCAACCAAGCCCGUCUAUCGCGGCAUCUACAACCCUGACCGCAGCUGGCUUCUCAGCGAGCAAGGAUACUUGACCUACGGAGAUACUGCAUUCAGAAAGACCUAUUUCAUCUGAGGCUG